GCGCAAGAGCUUCGCGCUCGUCCGCGAAGGUUUUUCUCUGUCGUACAUGCGUCAUUCCUUAUCUUGGUGCAAUUUGCCCGCGCUUGUGUGGGAACCACGUCCUCGUUGUUCCCUGCUGCCCGUAUUGUGCCCCGAAUCCCGUUCUUCCUCAAUCACAGGGUUUUCUUCCUUGCAAGGCAUAUAUUCUAUACAACAACAAAACGAGCAAUUGCAGUUGAGCGCUCUUGUGUGGUGGAAUUGGGCGUAAUGCCCUGUCUGCCGGAUUAGGUGCCGUAGCAUUAAUCGUUUCGGCAAGGAACGGACGUAGGUAGGAAGCGGGAACAGAGCGGGGAGAGAAGCAGGAAGAAGAAGGAAGAAGGAAGAAGAAGAAGAAGGGAGAGGACUCUGCUGCGAGGAUGAUGAACGGUGUGGGUGAGAUGGAGGCGGUUUCCAGUUGGGGGAAGGCGCCGCUUGUAGAGAUUGAUCCCGAAAUUAGUGAUUUGAUCGAGAAGGAGAAGAGAAGGCAAUGGAAGGGAAUUGAGCUUAUAGCCUCGGAGAAUUUCACGUCGCAGGCGGUGUUGGAGGCUUUGGGAAGCGCUCUGACGAACAAAUAUUCGGAGGGUAUGCCCGGGGCACGCUAUUAUGGCGGGAACGAGUUCAUCGAUCUGAUCGAGAAUCUGUGCCGUUCCCGCGCUCUGCAGGCUUUCGGUCUCGACCCGGAGAAGUGGGGCGUCAAUGUGCAACCCUAUUCCGGCAGUCCGGCGAACUUCGCAGUGUACACUGCGCUCCUCCAGCCCCAUGACCGCAUCAUGGGACUUGAUCUUCCGUCUGGCGGUCAUCUCACCCACGGCUAUUACACGUCUGCGGGGAAGAGGAUUUCGGCGACCUCCAUUUAUUUCGAGUCGCUGCCGUACAAGGUGGAUCCGACGACAGGCUACGUGAACUACGAAAUGCUGGAGGAUAAGGCGCUUGACUUCCGCCCCAAGCUCAUCAUCUGCGGAGGCAGCGCCUAUCCUCGAGAAUGGGAUUACGCGCGCUUCAAGCAGAUCGCCGACAAAUGCGGGGCCAUCCUGAUGGCCGACAUGGCGCAUAUCAGCGGCUUGGUGGCUGCUCAAGAGGCGGAAAGUCCGUUCGAGUUCUGUGAUGUCGUGACGACCACAACUCACAAGAGUCUGAGGGGUCCUCGAUCCGGCAUGAUUUUCUACCGGAAGGGGGCGAAGCCGAGCGCGAAACCCGACGGCCCAGCGGGUAAGUACGAUUACGAGGAUCGUAUCAACUUUGCGGUGUUCCCUUCCCUCCAGGGCGGGCCGCAUAACCACCAGAUCGCCGCGCUUGCCGUUGCGCUGAAACAAGCCCUCUGUCCAGCCUUCAAAGCCUACUCGCAGCAGGUGAAAGCAAAUGCCAAAGCCCUCGCUAGCGCGCUGAUGAAGAAAGGCUACAAGCUGGUCACGGAUGGCACCGACAACCAUCUCGUGCUCUGGGAUCUUCGCCCCCUUGGUCUUACUGGGAACAAGGUGGAAAAGGUGUGUGAGCUCUGUCAUAUCACUCUGAACAAAAACGCUGUGUUUGGGGACAGCAGCGCGCUGGCUCCCGGUGGAGUGCGGCUUGGCACGCCCGCCAUGACCUCUCGAGCUUGCAAGGAAAGUGAUUUUGAGAUGAUUGCCGAUUUCUUGGAGAAGGCGGUGAACAUUACGCUGGCAAUACAGAAAGAACAUGGGAAGCUUCUGCGAGAUUUCAGCAAAGGUUUGCAGAACAAUCAGAGUAUCAUCGACCUCCGAGAGAAGGUCGAAGUUUUCUCCAAAGCUUUUGAUAUGCCGGGUUUCGAUGUUGCCUCUUUGAAGUAUCAAUGAUCGAUCAUCUCGGAUGACGAUGACUGUGAUGAUGAUUAUAAUCAUGGGUAUGAUAAUGACGAGGGUGCAUUUUCUCUUCGUUCGUUUCAUGAUUGAUUGAGUUGUUGAUGUCAAGGAUGUUGCUUCUUGGGAGCAGGCUCUGGUCAGUUGCGUAGUGAUAGAGGAAAGUCGAUGGGAGUCUCUCUUCUAACGUGGUCGGUUCGGAUGCAACUGGCCGUCUUCACCUAAUUUUGCUUGUUCCUCCAGCAGCGUCAGGUGGAGUGAAUUUUCUGUUUCUUCCGAAUAAGACCACCUUCAGGGUGGAAGGUCGACCAGUCGCUCGGUUGAUUGAUUGGUUGAUAGUUUCGUCUAUUUGUCACUAGCAAAAAAUUGGUUGAUUGAUUGGUCGAUAGUUUCGUCUGUUUGAUGGUAGCGCAAUUUGUAGAGGGGCUGGAAGCUUAAGCUGGUGAAACGGGACCUAGCGGAGGUUCUCCGUUGGAAGGCGUUAUUUGAUUAAAGCGACGGUGGGGUUGCGGUUGAGAGAGAGCGAGAGAGGCUGGGAGCCUAAGCUAGUAAACGGUACCUAGUGGAGGUUCCCCGUUGGUAAAACGGCACCUAGCGGAGGUUCCCCGUGGAAGGCGUUAUUUGAUUAAAGCGACGGUGGGGUUGCGGUUGAGUGAGUGUGUGUGAGAGAGAGAGAGAGACCGGGAGCCUAAGCUGGUAAACGGUACCUAGCGGAGGUUCCCCGUUGGAAGGCGUUAUUUGAUGAACCUCCCUGUUGGAAGGCGUUAUUUGAUGCAAGCGACGGUGGGGUUGCGGUUGUUAUGGUGGUCAGGCGGAUGGCGCCGGGGGAGAGGUCAACCCGCUGGCCACCACUGUUGCCGUUGGACAUGCCAUUACGGCUGAGGGAGCGUGGUAAAAGUGAAUGCUGGAAUCCAGUGCACGCAGGACACCGGCGUUCUGAUCUGCUCGUUCUCAGGUGUAAUAGGUUUUUUCGUGUGUGAUCGGGUCUGCAUGAUGUUUUGGGGAUGUCGUCGAAUGGUGUCGGGAAUGUCGACGAGAAUCCUGGAGCUCUUUUUGCACUACGUAGUAUAAACGGCAUGCGACCAGAAAUGGACAUGGGCAGUGUUUGUGUAUGUGUGCGUAUUCGUUUCCCGAGAAAGAAUACGAGGGCGCACUGAUCUUUUUCACGCCCGAGCUCUCCUUUUGGUCCGCGGUGUCGCUAGCUUUUCACCGUCGGAUUGAUACUCGUUUGAAUAAGCUUCUGGAACAUCCCUUAACGAGGGGCUGUUUUCCUGACGAUACGGCGACCGAGAGAGAGGGAGACGGAGAUAGAUAGAUAGAUAGAUAGAUAGAUAGAUAGAUAGAUAGAUAGAUAGGUAGAGAGAGAGAGAGAGAGAGAGAGAGAGAGAGAGAGAGAGAGAGAGAGAGAGAGAUAGAGAGAGAGAGAGGUGAGCGGUACCGCAUAAGAGUGGCGGUGCUAGGGAGAGACGAGUUUGGACGAGUGUGCAGGUGUCGAACGUCCCUUUUUCUGAUGUUCGGUCAUUUUGUUUCUAUUAUGAUUCUAAAUGUGGACGCGGGAGGUACUUUCAUGCGGGAGAGAUGUGAUUGACAAGAACGGUUGGAUUCUUCCAAGACUUUGGGGAGUGAACAGUGCUGCACCAGCCAGUCUUUUGUGAUGUGCCUCCGGCCAGUCUUUUAUGAUGUGCCUCUACUUUGCGGUGAAGCUUUUUUCGCCUGUCCGCCUUUAGUUUGUUUGGUAGAACGGUGACUCAGCAGAUAUGAUGAUUUUUACAGCACUGUUUCACGGUACGGAAGUAAUCGCGCUGGAGAAGUUGUUUUGGUGAAGUGUUUUUGGAUUCAUUUGUUUAAUGUGGAAGCCGACGUGUCGUAUGUCCUCCCGUCCUGUGUGUCGCACCGUUCGCACCUUUUUGUUUGUAGCACCGUCCUUCUCUCGUCUGGCUCAGGUUUGUGCAGUUAGCAGCGU